AUGAGGUUCCAAUUGAUGGCUAUUGCUGCCGCCUUCGUCUGCCGUGCCGCAGCGAUACCACUUCAGCCUUACAGCCCCGAGCUUCAUGCCGUCGCAGUCAAGGGCCGCGCCAAUUCAGAUGAAUCGGAUGAGCUGCAAGAUGGACCCUGCAAAAAGACAACUUUUAUCUUUGCGCGUGGCUCCCUCGAGCCAGGUAACAUGGGUUUUGUCGUUAGUCCCCAAGUGUGUGCGGACCUAAAGACUACUCUUGGAGCGGAUGCCGUGGCAUGCCAGGGAGUAGGACCACCAUACAAUGCCACCAUCGCAGACAACUUCGAUCCUCAGAACACUAGUCCUACUGAUAUCAAAGCGGCAACUGACCUGUUCGACUUGGCCAACACGAAGUGCCCAGACACAAAGAUUAUCGCGGGUGGAUAUAGUCAAGGCACAGCCGUCCUGGAUGGCUCGAUCCAGGCCCUCCCCGCGAGUAUUAAAGCCAAGGUCACUGGUGUUGUUCUUUUUGGGUUCACACGCAACAAGCAAGACGGGGGUCGGAUCCCCAAUUAUCCUACCAACCAGACCAAAAUAUUCUGCGCCAGCGGUGACAUUGUCUGCGACGGAGAGCUGAUCAUCACUCCGGCUCACCUAGGCUAUGGCUCGGAUGCUGCAGCGGCAGCAAGCUUCCUUGUCUCAAGUCUAAAUUAG